AUGGGCACCCAAACAUCCCUCCGACACAGCGGGCCGACCAGCCCAACACCGUGUGAGGAGUUGGACUUGGUGGUCCUGAAGGGUCCCUUCCACCUCGGGGUAUUCAGUGAUCCUAUAAUGCACACCGCCCAACUCCACAAAGGGCAUAACCCCGCCCUCCAUUCGCAGCUCAAUGGCAGCUCUGCGCAGCAGGAGGAGCGCAGGCUGGAGCUGCAGGCACUGCGUGCCAAACUGGAGGCCGAGCGCCUCCACAACCAGGAGCUGCGGCGCCACUUCGCCGCAGAGAUUUCCAAAAUGAAGGAGGCGGAGGAGAGGGAGCGGCAGCUGCUGGUGCAGCAGCUGCAGUGCGAGUGGGACAGGCAGCAGGCCCUCGACGCGCAGCGGCUGCAGGAGCAGCAGCGGCAGCAGCGCGCCACCGAGACCCGGCAGAUGCUGCGCUGGAAGGCGGCCGAGCUGCAGGCGGCGCAGGAGCCGCUGCAGAAGGAGCGCGACGCUACCACGCACCAAGCGCGGGAGCUGCAGCGGCAGCUGGCCGACGAGCUGCGGAGGCCCUGCACGAGCAGCAGCGCAGCCCGCGCCAAGCUCCAGGCUGUCCUCAAGGAACUGCGCUGGGAGACGCAUGGGGACCAGCCUGCCCGCAUCCGCCAGCUGCAGCACGAGCUGGAGCUGGAGAAGAAGCUUUUCAUCAAGUACAUUGUGGCGGGCUUCGAGGACGAGCAAGAGGACAGCCAGGGAACAAAGGGCCAAGAAGACCAAGAAGGGCCCUUGCGCAAGGCAGAGCCAAAGACGCCAACACGGGCUCAGCCUGCCCAGGACGCACCUCAGCAGGGAGCCAAGGAAAGCUGUGGCUCCGAGAAGGGCAGCAGCCGCCGCCCUGUGAAGGACGCUCACGUCCAGGUUCCAGAACCUUCCGACCAACACAAAGUGCUGCCAGGCACGCUCAGGUGGAUGCUGGAGCAGCACGCCCGCCUCCAGCGAGCCAUGAGCGGCCUGGAGAAGCAACGCCAGGCCCUGGAGGCAAAGCAAUGCCUCCUGAGAGAGGCGAGCACCAAGGAAGAGUGCCAGGAGCUCCAGAUGCUCCAGGAAGCCAAGGAAAAACUGGUGGUGCUUACCGAGCAGCUGGAGGAGAAAUGCAGAUCCCUGCUGAAGGCCAUCCACCAGGCCAGCAAGACUCCAGGGCCUCCACCCAGCCAAAGCUCCGCUGAGGCACUGCCACCUUGUGAGAGUGCCCCCAGCCCAAGCGAGGAGGUGCUGGUUGCCCAGCUCACGCAGCUGAGCAAGGAGAAAAACCGACUGGAGGAAGAAAAUUCUCACCUCCGAAGGCAGCUGGACGCAGCGAUGGAAGUCCAAGCUGAAAAUGCUGACCUGAAGAAGCAGGUAGAGCAAAUGGCAGAGGAGCAAAACUCUGCCCUGCAACAGGUCAGCGAGCUUCAGGCCCAGCUGCAAGAGGCAGAGUGCCAGCUGAAAGCGCUCAAGGAAAUUGCAGAUAGAGGGCCACAGCUGGAGAGAGAACACCUGGAGACACAGCUGGCGCUCCAGAAGAAAGAACAGGAGCUCGAGAGCUUGCAGAGAGCUCAGGCAGAAGGCAAGAGGCAGCACGAGGAAGCCUCGCAAAUGUUACGAGCCCAGGUCGCCGACCUGGAAGAUCGGUGCCACCAUCAAACCAAACAACUCAAGCUGCUCGCUGAGGAGCUGCAGCGGCUGCAAAGCGAGCAAUCCAGCCCUGCCACUACCCGUCUGCCACAGCUCUCACCUACCCACCCAGCCACCUCCGAAUCCCAACCGGCAGAGGACAGCCCAGGGCCCAGCCUGCCUGCAGAGGAGGGCGCUGCAGAUGAAAGUCAAGAAGCGGAAACUUGGCAGCAGCCCUUCGACCUGCAGGCUUCACUGGGACAAGGACCAGCAAGGAUUCGGAAAUUCCUAGCUCUGAACAGCUAUGACCCUGCUGAUAGUCCCAACAAGCAUCCGGAGCGAGAGCUUCCCCUCACGGCGGGGCAGUUUGUUUAUGUCAUUGGGGAGAUGGAUGAGGAUGGCUGGUAUAUAGGAGAGCGGACAGACGGCAGUAGAGGCUUCGUCCCCUCCAAUUUGGUGGAAGAAGUGUUUGACGACCUGAGCUUGACAGCAGUGCCGCCAGAUCUGGGGGAUGUCCUUCUGGACACCGAUGAGGGGGAGAGCUCCACUGACAGCAGCAGCAGCAGCAGCAGCAGCAGCAGCAGCAGCAGGGAAGCCAGGGAUGAUCUGGACAAAGAAAUCUGUCCCGAUAUGAUGGCUGCAUGGUGUCGUGGUUCCGCUCGAGUGGGCAGCCAAACCUUCCUGGAGGAGCUGCAUGACGUGCUCAAAGAGGACGAAAAAACCUCCAGGGAAGGAAACGAUGAUUGCAGCGACCCCUUCUGUUUCUCACUCAUGGUGGAGGAGGAGAAAGAUCAGGGUGGGGGUGCCGAUGGCACCAAAAGUCAAUAA